UUUUGGACACCAAAACCAAGCUUGGCGCAUGGUGUAGAGGUGUAGACGUCCUCUGAGAUAUUUUCGAAUAGGGAUACCUGAGUAGGUUUUAUACUACCAAAAUAGUAUUCGUAAAAUGUACGUGUUGUUGGUAAACCAAGGCGAUGGAAUUAAUCCAGCUGAUCCGACAUCGAUCUGGACUUGCAGGCUAUGUGGAAUUCAGAUGUACAACCCUGUAUAUUUGCAUCUUUUUUCAGAAAGUGGGGAAAAUCCUUUGGUUUCCACAAUUCGUAGAUUCCUCGACAUCAAGAUUGAAGACUCUGACAAGUUACCUACCACACUUUGCCAAUCUUGCACAACUAAAGUUGAAGAACUCGAAAGUUUUUACAAUAAUUGUCAGGAUGCCCAAAAGUUACUGGCAAUUCAGCAUGGUGUUCAUUUUCAUAAUGAAGGAAUUAUUGAAGAUCAAGCUCUUAUCAUCCCUCCAACUCAAAACACUGUAGCUGCUGUCACACUGAAGGAAAGUGAAACCAGUACUGUUACCAGCUCUCCAUCAACAACGAUUCUUACUGUUGAUAAGUUACUUGAAACAGCUAUUAAGGAUACCUGCAUUUUAUCUGGAGAAGAGUCAGAAGAAUCAGAGUCAACUGAUUGCCUAUCAGAUGAUGACAAUCUGACAGAUGAUCCAUCAGAUGCCGAAGAGAAAGAGUAUUCUAUCGGUAAAAGGACGCGCUCAGCAAUGUAUGCCAGAAAAUCGGAUCCACCUGUUCAAAGGAAAAGAAAAAAACUCGUAUUUACUCUAGAAUAUCUUGAAUCAAAGUUAAACCGUAAACUUGAAGAUGAGGAAGCAGGGCGACUUAAAGAAUACAUACAAAAAGGACAGAAUACCAAAAUUUUUGAAAUGUUGGUGGGUGGGGGAAAGGACCAGGUUUGGAAAUGUCAGUACUGUACUGAAGAGAUUCGUGGUAGUCCAAAAGAUGUCAAGGAGCACUAUGCGAGCCUUCAUGACUCAGUUCCCAUUUUCCCCUGUCAACUUUGUGACAAGGUUUGCCGAUCAGUAAACUACUACCGAAUCCAUCGCCUUUCACACCUAGCUGAGUAUCCUUGUGAAACGUGUGGGAAAAUAUUCAAAGACAACUCAAAGCUAGUGCUCCAUCGCCAAGUUCACUCUAAUAAACGUCCACAUGAAUGUGAUGUGUGUGGGAAGACAUUCAAAAGAGCCACCACAGUUCGCGUUCACAAACGGACUGUUCAUGGAUCCAAGGACGAGCAAUUUUUGUUCACAUGUGAACUAUGUGGGAAAAGAUUCAAAACAAAUUUUGAGUUAAAAAAGCACUUGGACAAACACCCAUCCGAAGAUAAUCCACUUCCGUACCAAUGCAAGUAUUGUGAUUCGCGAUUCCCUGACAAGGCUCAACAAAUAACACAUAGCAACACGUUACAUGCGAAUGAAGGUGAAUACGUGUGUCAUAUUUGCGGCAAGAAGGUGAAAACCGAAACUGCGUUGGAAAAUCAUGUUAAAUCCCACUCGGGGAUUCGUGAUCUGAAGUGUCAUAUUUGUGAUGCGGCGUUCGCGAGCCGUUACACGUUGAAUGCACAUGUCAAACGACAUGCCAUUACUGAGCCCCUCUUCUCAUGCCCCUAUUGUGGCAAAGGCUCGAAAAGCAAAGCGAAUUUAGAACAACAUAUCAGAAUCCAUACGGGUAUCCGGCCCUAUUCGUGCAGCGUAUGUAAUGCCGCGUUUAAACAUCGAUCCCACUUAAAAGUGCACAUGACUAUUCACACUGGCGAACACCCGUUUGCCUGCCACGAAUGCAACAAAACUUUUCGGACCAACAAGCAACGAACGAGUCAUAUGAGUUACGUACACAACACAGUACGAAAUUUCGCUUGCGAAAUUUGUGGAAAAGCCUUUAAAACUUUGAAAGAUUUAAAGAUUCAUAGUACUCUUCACACUGGAGAAAAAAAUCACGUUUGUCCUACGUGCGGAAAGGCCUUUCGUGUCCGUGCGAACUACUAUAAACACAGAAAAAUUCACGAAAGAACAUCAAUCGAACACCACCAGCAGGAGGCACAAGAUCAAAGUGAGCAGCUUCAGGAUCAGCCAGUAGUUCGACAAAACAAUGUCCAACCUGUUCGCAGUGAGAUUUCAACUGUUAAUGUCACAUUGCCGAAUCCUCCGACUGUACUUCUCGACAACUUCACUCUGGAUGGUGCCUCCGCACUUCAAGUUCCUGCCACCAUGGAAACUGUUCCUUCUGACAGUGAACAUCUGAAUACUCAUGGUACUAGUACUAUUUCCGACGAAGGUGUUCUUCUUUUCCGCUCCUCGCUUACAUCCUUAACGGACGCCAAGGAAUUCUCUGGGAUUUCCGGUUGACAUCUUAGGGUACUCAAUUUAUCUGUCUUUUACCAGUAUCUUCGUGAAUCAUCAACAGCAAAGAAUAAGGAAAAGUUGGUUUAUUCUUAGGUGACUUGUAACCACGAAGACAAAUAAAAAGUCGGCGUCAACAACGGUAUUAACCUUCAUGUAAUUGUUUGGGGACUACAGACCCUUAACAUCGAUUAUGCAUCUUCUUUCCAAGUUGUAACCUGAGUUGCAAUAGAAUCCAAUAAAGCUAUCUGUACAGCCAA